AUGGAGGAGGAGGUCUUCAGUCGCUUCGGAUACCCGCGCAGGGAGCUGAGUGACAACGGGCCCCAAUUCACGGGUCAGGUUUGGGUCGAGGCGAGCCGCCGAUGGGGCGCCGAACUGUGGACGACCCCAGUUUAUCACCCACGUGCCAACCCAACAGACCGGCGGAACCAAGAAAUGAAGAAAGGUUUGAGGCUCCGUCUGCACCAAGGCAACCAACGCACGUGGGACCAGCAUUUACCCGAUCUCCUUUCCGGGCUAAGAAGACGUAAGAACGCCGCCACUGGAGUCACCCCUAGACAUCUCCUCAUGGGCAGGACCAUCCUUCGCCCAGGAGAGUGGGAACUUCAACCGGAGGCACGCGAAGAAGUACCAGCAGCGAGCUACGAGGAUCGUGAGCGGGAAGCUCGCCAACAACAGGCGGCGUAUCAGGACAAGAAUGCCUCUGCACCCAGUCCCCCACGUUAUUUUCCGGGAGAUUGGGUAUAUGCACCCAACCAUCAGUUAAGCAGCAAGGUGCUGGGGUACAACGACAAACUGGCCCCAGCCCGACGCGGCCUCUACCAGAUCCUCGAUCAUAUCUCGGGCGAGGUUUAUUGGAUCUGGAGGGGAGGAUCAGCCAAGAAAGUGCACGGUAGUGUACUGGUGCCCGCACCAGCGCACGCAAGGGUGGUGCCACCACAGGAACGAGACACAAACAAGUCAGAGGUCGGCAUGCCGCCACCUCUCACGAGACCACUAGCCGAAAGCGUCGGCGGCGUAGCGCACGUGCACCCUGUCGAAACCGUCGACAGGGAGGAGGACGAUGAGGACAGUUCGUCCCAUUACACGAACGACGAGGAGCGAUACGACGACGAGCAGGAGAACGAGGUCGACCCAACCGGGCGUCGACAUGGCAGACUAGGUACCGCCGGGAAGGCGUGCCAUACCUCAUCGGCAGAAGCAAAGGAACAACGAGAUGACAUCGGACGACGUUAUCAACUGCGACAGCGGGCACCCGUCGCUUAUCGGGAUGCCAGAGCAUACGCGCCUCGGCGGAGGCGCGCACAGCAUGUAAAUAAUUAA